AUGGCCGCUUCACUGGCAGAGCCACAGCUCUUCACCGUAUCCGUUCCGGACGCUGACCUUGCGCUCUUGCGCCAGAAACUGGACUUGACACGCUUCCCGGACGAGCUGGACGACGCGGCGUGGAACUACGGCGUGCCGCUUGCGAAUGUGAAGAGGCUCGUUGCGAGGUGGAAAGACGGGUAUGACUGGCGCGCUGCAGAGGCUAGCAUCAACGAGAUCCCCAUGGAGGGCUUUGGCACGCUGAACGUCCAUUACGUCCAUCAGAAGAGCGAAGUGAAGAAUGCGAUUCCGCUACUGUUCUCGCACGGAUGGCCCGGUCACUUCCUCGAGGUCCAGAAGCUGCUCCCGCUGUUGACCUCCGCGUCACCAGAUCACCCCAGCUUUCACGUCGUUGCCCCUAGUCUGCCGAACUUUGGCUUCUCUGAGGGUGUGAAGAAACAGGGAUUCGCGAUUGUUCAGUAUGCUGAGACAUGUCACAAGCUCAUGCUUGCUCUGGGCUACUCUGAAUACGUGGUGCAGGGAGGAGACUGGGGCUCACAAGUCAUCAGAACCAUGGCAGCCAAUUAUGGCGUUAAAGCCGUGAAGGCAUGGCAUACAAACGAUACUUCUUCGAUCGGCCCACCAUCGUUCUCGCGCUUCCCUCGGCUCUGGCUUCAGCAUCUGCUCACACCCUAUACCGAGGCCGAACGUGCACGCAUCAAGCGCAAUGAGUUGUUCAUGCAGAAAGGACGGGGCUACAGCACCGAGCAGGGUACGCAGCCGCAGACCCUCGGGUACUCCCUCGCGGACUCGCCUGCGGGCUUGCUCGCGUGGAUGUACGAGAAGCUCGUGCUCUGGUCGGAUGACUAUCCUUGGGAGGACGACGAGGUCCUGACGUGGAUCUCAAUUUACUGGUUCUCUCGAGCGGGCCCUGCCGCCUCUGCAAGGAUAUACUAUGAACAAGCGAAAGUGGUGGAGAAUCCAAACCAUAGCGCCCCGUGGUGUGCUGUUCCAGGAGGAAUAUCCUUCUUCCCCAAGGAGCUCCUUCGUCCACCUAAGACCUGGGCGCGUACAAUGGGCAACAUCGUGUUGGAGGUUGAACAUGGGAGCGGAGGACAUUUUGCUGCGCAUGAGAAGCCCCAUGAACUUGCGGCAGAUCUACGCGCGCUGUUUGGCAAAGGCGGCCCUGCGUUCGGCGUGGUGCCCGGUAAGGUUGGCUACGACUGAGCCUUGCGUGCCUAUGGUUCGCAAAGCACCUGGCAUCUGUUGCAUCCACUCAGCUAUAUACGGUGUUCGUCAAUACACAUUUGUGUCAGUUCCCUUCCUCCCGCCUCCCAAUCAUCGCAACACAUCGACAGGAUGACAAUGUCGAAUCCGCCUUGUCCGGGACACGGAUCGCCCUUGCGCGGCGUGUGACCCAUCCUAUCCUUUCUAAUGUAAGCCCAGCGAUGCGUCCCCUCCAUCUUGAACCCAAGCUUUGUCGCGACCCGAAUAGAGGCUACGUUGUCCGAAUGCGCACCCCACUGGACACGUCGCAAGCCAAGGCCCGGAGGGGACGCAGUCGGGAGCUCUAGGCAGUACUUGAGGAGGAUCGCCGUUGCGUUCGAUGCGAUCUUCUUGCGCUGGAACUCGGGGAAAAUGACCGCGUACCCGAUCUCGGUGGUGAGUUGGGCCCUCGACGUGCGGAUGAGGCCGAUGAGGCCGGCGAAGCUGCCCC